AUGUCUGAUCCAAAAAACAUGCCAGCGGAGAACGCAGACCCACAGGUACAGAUCGAUAGAGCCAAAGUGGACUAUGCUCCGAAAGAUGCCUCAACCAAAAACUUCAAAUUCUACCCUGACAAUCCGGAAUCAAGCUUCAACAAAUACAGGUUUGCCGCAAAAGACGCAAGCCAAUUUUACGACCCGUGCCAGGAAUCCUCAAAGAUGAGCUUGAGGUGUUUGGAAGAGAACGAUUACGACAAGUCCAUGUGCCAGGAGUAUUUUGACGCAUACCGCGAAUGCAAAAAGCAGUGGCUACAGGCGCGCAGAAACAACAGAAGCCAAUGGGAGUGA